GAAAAAAGGAUGGUUCUAGGGCUUGAUUGAACCCAGGAACUUGUGUCUGCUAAGCAUAUUCUGAACUGUGGAACUCCAACCAUAGCCCCCAGGAGGCUCUGUUUUUAAGGAAGGUCAUUGAGGGAGAAUCUUCUGGGUGGAGCAGCGUGUUCUGCAGUGCGUGACUGCAUUGCCACCCAUGUUCUGGAAGGUCUACCCACAUUCCCGUCUUCUUUCAAUAAGAACAGUAGCUGUGUAGGGGUUGCUGGGGGUUGAGUGAGGACUGUAGGACUCUGUUCGGUGAAUUGAGACACAUGAAGUGCUUGCGUGAGAAUCAGGUUCGCCUCUAGGAUGUGCACCAGUGUGUGAGUGGUUGCACACACAGAUGCAAGUUGUAUUGUGUUAGGAUGGUGGUUUUACAGAUUGCUUCUGACUUGGUUUCAGUAUUUGUGGUACACUCUCCAGAGGGUACUUUAGCUCAGCGUCAAUCUCUAACAUUUAGCCUUCAGUGUUUGCAGAUGACAGGGUAUCAUUACUCAGCCUCAUGCCCACUGUGGCAGCUGCAGAGUAUCAGAGUAGCUAUACCAAUCCCUGUGCGUGGACACCAGUUAUCUUUUAGAUUUGCAUUAUAAAGUAGUUAGUAGCCACGAUGGUUACUAACUUGUAUCAGUUUGACAGGAUCUAGAGUCAUCUAGGAGACAAACCUCUGGCUAUGCCUGUGAGGGACUGUCUUGAUUACGUUGAGUGAGAUGGAAAAGCCACCCUUAAGAGGAUGACAUCAUGCCCUAAGCUUGGGUCUUGAAGGCCUGAGAAGGAGGAAGCUAACUGAGCAUCACCAUUCAUCGCUCUGUUCUUCUUCAUGGUGGACUCAGUGUGACCAGCUACCUCAGACUCCUGGCGCCAUGACCUCCCUGCCUUGAUUGACCAUUCCCUGUGAGCAAAAAGACCUACGCUGCUUUUGUCAGGUAAUCUGAGAGAUUACUAAGGUAAUAGUCACUGAGCAUCUGUAUGGUAUGCUUUCUUUUCAUUUGCCAGCGCUUGGGGGGAAAGCUGCAAAAUACUUAGGCUCUGAUGUAUGUAGAAAUUGAUAUACUGUUCUAUCAGAGGUAUUUUUGCAAGUUGGGACAUAUGAGGAACCCAACUCUGUGGCUUUUUAAAGAUGUUAUCUCAGUGUCAGCUUGGUAAACUAUAAGUUAGCAAAUGGAAUGUAGAGUUCUAAGCAUUUCACAAAUCGGUAUUGUAAAUACACUUCUCCCUGGAUGUUCUCAAAUAAAGAGAGACCUGUGAUUAAAUAAGUCUGGGAAACAAAGCAUGAAACGUCCCAUCUAAUCGAUUCAUUGGCAAUAUGCAGUUGUCACACACUAGAAAUCUCGCAAUGUAGAAACCCAUUUGUGUUCAUAUAGACUGGUUGUUGUAGAAUUUGACCUGAAAUAUCGUUAUGCACCCUGUAUUAUUUGGUACAGUUGGGAAAUGCUGACAUCUUUAUUGUAAAGUUAGCACUUGCAGAUGGGAACAUCUGAGGAUUUGUAUAUGUAUAUGCAUUAGCAUGUUAAUUUGACAUGCAAUUGUAUUCCUAAUGAAAUUUAGUUAUAGGGCAAAAUCUUCAACAAUUUACUGUUCUCAAAGGGACGUUAAUUCUAGAGCUCCUUUUAGACACGAGUUCACAUUUGCUUCUCUUUAUUCCUGCACUACCAGAACCCUAUGAGCUUAGAAGAUUCCUGUGCCUUUUCACACCCUCAAGGUACUGUAGAGGAGGAAAUGGGCGAGAAGAUUGACAGGCAGAUCCGAGAGAGCUUCUGCACAAGUUUUCCCAAUACGCCAUUUCCUACACAGCAGACUUUUUCCCUUUAUCGACUAGAUCUUAAGGGUUUUGUUUGUUUGUUUGUUUUUGUUGCUGUUGUUUCUGUUUUGUUUUGUUUUAAGGAAUGCAGGUGCAGUUCCUCUUGUAAUGGACACUAGUUUCUAUCUAAGAAGCACUUCUGGUCCUGUUCCUGGCUGUUCACUCCCUCCCAGGCAGCGUUCCUCGGCAGUCAGCCUGUAGAAAGCAUUUACUCUAUCUGCCGUUCUGCUUAGAAUACUUGAAAGAGUCCCUCUUAGCCGCUGUCUGUCUAUUUUGUUCUGGCCAAGGGCAGUGUUUGCCCAGCCUCUCACUCUGACUGAGGGGUGGGACUUUUUGGUUCCCUGUUGCCAUUGCUGUCUGUGUGAGCUUGCUCAUCCAAGACUCCUGCUCCUUUCUCCUGUCCUGGAAGGAGGGAGCUUGUCCAGAACUAACUGCCCUGGGUACUGUACUGCCUUGGACAUGCUUACAGAAGAUCACUGGUGACUGAGUAAAGCUUCCUCCUCUUUAGGGUCUGUGCACAGGAUUCGAUCAGUUAGACCUCCCUUGCUGCUGCACCUAACCAUCUGGGUUGUCUGUUCAUGAGCAACUGCAGGAUUCGGUUUGACUCAGCUCUGGGGUGAUUGAGUUCUCCAGCAGACAGAGGUCUUGAACACCAUCAUGGCCAAACCUUACGAAUUUAACUGGCAGAAGGAGGUACCCUCUUUCUUGCAAGAAGGAGCAGUUUUUGACAGAUAUGAAGAGGAAUCUUUCGUGUUUGAGCCCAACUGCCUCUUCAAAGUGGAUGAAUUCGGCUUCUUCCUGACCUGGAAGAGUGAAGGCAAGGAAGGACAAGUGCUAGAAUGUUCCCUCAUCAACAGCAUUCGGCUGGCAGCCAUACCAAAGGAUCCCAAAAUCCUGGCUGCUCUCGAGUCUGUUGGAAAAUCUGAAAAUGAUCUGGAAGGGCGGAUAUUGUGUGUCUGCAGCGGCACGGAUCUGGUGAAUAUUGGCUUCACUUACAUGGUGGCUGAAAACCCAGAAAUAACUAAGCAAUGGGUAGAAGGCCUGAGAUCAAUCAUUCACAACUUCAGGGCAAACAACGUCAGUCCGAUGACAUGCCUCAAGAAACACUGGAUGAAACUGGCCUUUCUGACCAACACAAGUGGCAAAAUCCCAGUGAGGAGUAUUACUAGAACCUUCGCAUCAGGGAAAACAGAAAAGGUGAUCUUUCAAGCACUCAAGGAAUUAGGUCUCCCCAGUGGAAAGAAUGAUGAAAUUGAACCUGCUGCAUUUACCUAUGAAAAGUUCUAUGAACUGACACAGAAGAUUUGUCCUCGGACAGAUAUAGAAGAUCUUUUUAAAAAAAUCAAUGGAGACAAAACUGAUUAUUUAACGGUAGACCAAUUAGUGAGCUUUCUAAACGAACAUCAGCGAGAUCCUCGGCUGAAUGAAAUUUUAUUCCCGUUUUAUGAUGCUAAAAGAGCAAUGCAGAUCAUUGAGAUGUAUGAACCUGAUGAAGAGUUGAAGAAAAAAGGCCUCAUAUCCAGUGAUGGAUUCUGCAGAUAUCUCAUGUCAGAUGAAAAUGCCCCCGUCUUCCUAGAUCGCUUAGAACUUUACCAGGAGAUGGACCACCCCCUGGCCCAUUACUUCAUCAGUUCCUCUCACAACACCUAUCUCACCGGCCGGCAGUUUGGCGGAAAGUCUUCAGUGGAAAUGUACCGACAAGUCCUCCUGGCUGGUUGCAGGUGUGUGGAACUUGACUGUUGGGAUGGAAAAGGUGAAGAUCAGGAACCAAUAAUAACUCACGGAAAAGCAAUGUGUACAGACAUCCUUUUUAAGGAUGUAAUCCAGGCCAUCAAGGAAACAGCGUUUGUCACAUCAGAAUAUCCUGUAAUUCUCUCCUUUGAAAACCACUGCAGCAAAUAUCAACAGUACAAGAUGUCCAAGUAUUGUGAAGAUCUAUUUGGGGAUCUCCUGUUGAAACAAGCACUUGAGUCACAUCCACUUGAACCAGGGAGGCCCUUGCCAUCUCCUAAUGACCUCAAAAGAAAAAUACUCAUCAAAAAUAAAAGGCUGAAGCCUGAAGUUGAAAAAAAACAGCUGGAGGCUUUGAAAAGCAUGAUGGAGGCUGGAGAAUCAGCUGCCCCGGCCAGCAUCUUGGAAGAUGACAAUGAGGAGGAAAUAGAAAGCGCUGAUCAAGAGGAAGAAGCCCACCCUGAAUACAAGUUUGGAAAUGAACUUUCUGCCGAUGACUUCAGUCACAAGGAAGCGGUUGCAAACAGCGUCAAGAAGACCUCAGAUGACCUUGAACAUGAAAACAACAAAAAGGGCCUGGUCACCGUAGAAGAUGAGCAGGCAUGGAUGGCAUCUUAUAAAUACGUAGGUGCUACCACGAAUAUCCAUCCGUACUUGUCCACGAUGAUCAACUAUGCACAGCCUGUGAAGUUUCAAGGUUUCCAUGUGGCUGAAGAGCGCAACAUUCAUUAUAACAUGUCUUCUUUUAACGAGUCGGUUGGCCUUGGCUACUUGAAGACGCACGCGAUUGAGUUUGUAAAUUACAAUAAGCGACAAAUGAGCCGCAUUUACCCCAAGGGAGGCCGAGUUGAUUCCAGUAAUUACAUGCCUCAGAUUUUCUGGAACGCUGGUUGCCAGAUGGUUUCACUGAACUAUCAAACCCCAGAUUUAGCGAUGCAAUUGAAUCAAGGAAAAUUUGAGUAUAACGGAUCCUGCGGAUACCUCCUCAAGCCAGACUUCAUGAGACGGCCUGAUCGGACAUUUGAUCCCUUCUCUGAAACCCCUGUGGACGGGGUUAUUGCAGCCACAUGCUCAGUGCAGGUUAUAUCAGGGCAGUUCCUGUCAGAUAAGAAGAUCGGCACAUACGUGGAAGUCGAUAUGUACGGGCUGCCCACCGACACCAUACGGAAGGAGUUCCGAACCCGCAUGGUUAUGAACAAUGGACUCAACCCAGUUUACAAUGAAGAAUCGUUCGUGUUUCGGAAGGUGAUCCUGCCUGACCUGGCUGUCCUGAGAAUCGCUGUGUACGACGACAACAACAAGCUCAUUGGCCAGAGGAUCCUUCCUCUGGAUGGCCUCCAGGCAGGCUACCGACACAUCUCCCUGAGAAAUGAGGGAAACAAACCGUUAUCACUGCCAACAAUUUUCUGCAAUAUCGUUCUUAAAACAUAUGUGCCUGAUGGAUUUGGAGAUAUUGUGGAUGCUCUAUCCGAUCCAAAGAAAUUCCUUUCAAUCACAGAGAAGAGAGCAGACCAAAUGAGAGCAAUGGGCAUUGAAACUAGUGACAUAGCAGAUGUGCCCAGUGACACUUCCAAAAAUGACAAGAAAGGCAAGGCCAACCCAGCCAAAGCGAAUGUAACCCCUCAGAGCAGCUCUGAGCUCAGACCAACCACCACAGCUGCCCUGGGCUCUGGCCAGGAAGCCAAGAAAGGUAUUGAACUUAUCCCUCAAGUGAGGAUAGAAGAUUUAAAGCAAAUGAAGGCUUACUUGAAGCAUUUAAAGAAACAACAAAAGGAGUUAAACUCUUUAAAGAAGAAACACGCAAAGGAGCACAGUACCAUGCAGAAGUUACACUGCACACAAGUGGACAAAAUCGUGGCCCAGUAUGACAAGGAGAAGUCGACUCAUGAGAAAAUCCUAGAGAAGGCCAUGAAGAAGAAGGGGGGAAGUAAUUGCCUUGAAAUAAAAAAAGAAACAGAAAUUAAGAUUCAGACCCUGACAUCGGAUCACAAAUCUAAGGUCAAGGAGAUUGUGGCGCAGCACACAAAGGAGUGGUCAGAAAUGAUCAACACGCACAGCGCCGAGGAGCAGGAAAUCCGGGACCUGCACCUGAGCCAGCAGUGUGAGCUGCUGAGGAAGCUGCUCAUCAACGCUCAUGAGCAGCAGACCCAGCAGCUGAAGCUCUCCCAUGACAGGGAAAGCAAAGAGAUGCGAGCCCAUCAGGCUAAGAUUUCUAUGGAAAAUAGCAAAGCCAUCAGUCAAGAUAAAUCUAUCAAGAAUAAGGCAGAACGGGAGAGGCGAGUCAGGGAGUUGAACAGCAGCAACACUAAGAAGUUUCUAGAAGAAAGAAAGAGACUGGCAAUGAAGCAGUCGAAAGAAAUGGAUCAGUUGAAAAAGGUCCAGCUGGAGCACCUAGAAUUCCUAGAGAAACAGAAUGAGCAGCUUUUGAAAUCCUGUCAUGCAGUGUCCCAAACACAAGGCGAAGGAGAUGCAGCAGAUGGUGAAAUUGGAAGCCGAGAUGGACCGCAGACCAGCAACAGUAGUAUGAAACUCCAGAAUGCAAACUGAAGCUGGAAGACCAUAGAACACCAGAAGAUCACGCCCAGCUUCAGAGGACAGACUCCAUGGACAAAAGCUGUUUUCUUUUGUGUUUCUUUUAUGUGUAGACACGGUGUAACCUGAAACCACAUGGACUGGGGAUGACCAAAUGUUCUUCUACUUAACAAUUUGACUAUUGAAUUUCUUUGGCCAACCAAAAGUAGCUAUGUACACACACACACACACACACACACACACACACACACACACACACACACACACACACACAGAAAUCCCCUAUUCCUGACAGGCAGAGUUGAACCAUAAUCCACAACUUAAACAUGUUGGCUAGGGGACAGCAUCACAAGCCAGUGGGCUUGGUGAUAACAACUCUGCUUUGUGGUGCAUUAGGACAUGUUUGAGCUGCUGCUGCAAAAACAAAUUAGUGCAUUAGUAACUUAAUAGCAAGCGCAUGCACUAGAAGAAACAACUCCGUCUACAGUUCAUUAGCAGAAGUGGUGGUCUGCUAUACAAAUCACUUUGCAGAACUUUCUACACCUAAGUUACCUCAUGAGUAAGUGCCAUGUCUUUACCAUGCCAUAAGAUGCUAACUUCCUGUAAAUGUGGCAGAAUUUGUUAGGACAAUAGAGACACACAAAACGGUGUACCUGUGCCAAGCUCAUCAGUGCGCCAAGGGGGACUCAGCAGGCUCGUUUCGGACAGUUUACAGCUGACUCUGCUUUGUAGGAAGUGCUUCUGCAGAUGCCUCAUGCUGCAAUUCACUACACACUAUCAGGAGGGUGGAGUGGCUAUUGGCAAAUGUUUGUAAAUGUGACCAUGUACAAAGUAUUUAUACUCCUUAAUUCUCAUGGUUAUAGCGCAAAGUCAUCUAAACAUUACCACACGACAAGACUAGUAAACAGGAAUCAUAGAUGUUUUGCAUGAUGCACAAGCACCAAUUAUGACUAACCCAUUGAGACACAGUUAACCUAACACCAAAUAAAUACCGGUUAAGUCAAUGUAUGGCACAGAAUAUUAUUUGACUAUCAAGACUUUUAGCAUAAUGAAAAAAGUCUAUAUAUAUGUGUAUAUGAAUUAUGUGGGCAUUCUUGAUACUUCUAGUUUGAAAAAAUACAUUAAUUUAAUUUUACACAAAAAUAUUUAUGCAGAUUUUCAGACUUUCAUAUCAGGAAAUAACCUUUUUAUGUCUGUUAAAUAUCCAAACGAUUUGCUACCGUGUUCAUCUGCAUGGUCUUCUCACCUGCUGUAGUUGCCUUGCAGGUGGUGCAUAAAGUGGACGGGUGGGAUGAGUCCUGUUGCCCCAACCCAGAGGAGCGUGCGGAGACCCGGUAGCCUAGGAGUCAGAUUCCUGAUUUUAGGAUGCAAAACGCCAACUUAAUUGUUGUAUAUGGUUGUACAAAUAGAUUCUGUGUGUUCCUCUGAGGAGGGCAGAGAAGAGUAUGAUACCAUGAAGGCUGAAAUUCAACGUACAACUUCUCUAAUAAAAAAAAAAAAAGAAAA